CUUUUUACUCUCACCAUGUGGAAGGCAGCUCUCUUGACCCUGGGCUUGUUGGCGGUGCUGGUGGACAGGGUUCGGACCAAUGAUGGUCAUCCCUCUUUCUACGGGGUGAAACUGUGUGGAAGGGAGUUCAUUCGAGCUGUCAUCUUUACCUGCGGUGGUUCUCGCUGGAGGAGAGGCAUAGAAGACCCAGCUCUCAUUGGAGAAGAGGCAUAUGACCCAUGGAACACAAAUGCCAUCCCUCAACUCAAUGGGGAGCAAGAUCCUGCAGAGUCCCAACAAGCAUGGAGAGAUCAAACAUUGAAAGCUGCAUCUGUUGGAUUCAGCCGCUCAUCACGCUCACCAAUCUCAGAGGAGGUGCUGGAGGCUCUACGGAGUGCAGAUAGGAAAGGACGAGAUGUGGUGGUCGGACUGUCCAACGCAUGCUGCAAAUGGGGCUGUAGCAAGAGUGAAAUCAGCUCUCUCUGCUGA